UUGAGCGGUGACGCGUGUCGGAAGUCCCCGCCCACUUCUAUCAGCGCCCGGCUCUCCAGUCUGCUGCAGCGCGGCGCACCGCAUUGAAACCCGGAGCGGGCGAGGCUACGACGGCGCGCAGCGUGACCCAUCCAUCCAUCACCGCUAUGGAAAUUACACCGCGCUUUAUAAUGAACCAGGCUCUCGUCCCGUACUAUCCGAAACCGGUCCACCCCGAGACACAGACUAUAAAAAACGCUCGGCGGAGGACGAACCUGCUGUAGUUGAGAUUGUCGUCGCGUUGCCUCUCAGCCCAGCUCAGCUUCUCUCCCACACGGCGCCGGGGUCCUGCACUGAUGAUGCAAGGAUGGUGAUGAUGAUGGUGAUGGUGGUGAUGAUGAUGAUGAUGAUGACGGCCCACCUUCUGAAAUGAGAAGUCGCCUUUCAGUUACUGCCAACUUAAACGGGGACAUUUGCUCGACUGCUCGCCUCAACCUGUUUUCAUUCGAGGGAGAGAUGCUCGCCGGGAUGUCUGUCAUGUGUGCGUCACUGGUGCUGCUUUGCACGGCGGUUGCUGACAUCUUACUGGGGGCCGCGACCACCACCAGCCCAGCCGACCAGCCCCUCCUCUCUCCCCGCCACUAUCAGUACACAGACCCUGACCUGGGCACCCAGCUGGUCUGCGACAAAUGCCCGGCAGGCACCUACGUGUCCCUCCAUUGCUCCGCCACAGCGGUGAGGGAGUGCAGCCCUUGCCCCGAGGGCACCUUCACACGGGGCGAGAAUGGCGUCCAGCAGUGCCACCGCUGUCGGGCCCCGUGCCCCGCAGGAAUGGUAGAGAAGAUGCCCUGCAAGGCCACCCAGGACCGGGUGUGCGCCUGCCCCCCGGAGAGCUUCGCUUCGGGGGAGGGCGGCGGCCAGUGCCGGCCCCACUCGGUGUGCCCGCUGGGGAUGGGGGUGAAGCGGCGGGGGAGCGAGACGGAGGACGUGCGCUGUAAGCCGUGCGCGCGGGGGACGUUCUCCAAUGUGGAGUCCAGCGUGUUGAAAUGCCGGGCCCACACAAACUGCCAGGCCCAGGGGUUGGUCCUGUUCACGCCGGGUACCAAAGAGACAGACAACAUCUGUGGAGCCCCUUCGACAAGCCCUUCCUCCUCCUCCUCCUCCUCUCCCUCUCGCCUCACAACUCCACUGGGCUCUGCGCCGUCUGCUUUUGUACAGAACACCUUCUUCUCUCCAUCAUCCUCAUCAUCAUCUCUGCUUGAAUUGGUGCACAAAGGCGCCUACAGCCAGUCAGCAGCCAUUCGGCAAAGGCAGCGUCCUGAGGAGGACCAGCAUGCGAAAGCCCUCCUCCUAAGCCGAGCUGCCACACCUGUACCUCCGGAGCCCCAAAAGCCGGACCAGCAUCCCCAGCGGACUCUAUCGCCUCCGGUCCGCAAGUACCCGAUAACCCGCCAGCACCACCGCGGCCAUAUGAACACUGACCCACUACCGGCCCCCAACAAGAGGGCUAUGGAAGGGCUGGAGGAUGGGGAGGCGAUGGGGGCUGGGGUGGGAAUCAGUCGGGGAGGGGUCCAGGGUAGCGGAGGAGGAGGCGGGGGCUUUGUGGGCGCCUUCAAGCCCACGCGCAGGGGGUCCCCGCGGCCAAGCACCCACGGGCACUUUGACAUCAACGAGCACCUGCCGUGGAUGAUCGUCCUGCUGCUGCUGCUGGUGCUGGUGGUGAUCGUGGUGUGCAGUGUGAAGCGCAGCUCCCGGGUGCUGAAGAAGGGCCCCAGGCAGGACCCCAGCAGCAUCAUGGAGAAGGCCAUCCAGAAGAAACCGUCGCCGCCGCCCGCCCAAGUCAAAGAGAAGUGGAUCUACUACUCCAACGGACAGGAAAAGAAAGACACUGUGCUCCGGCAGGUGCGUCUGGACCCGUGCGACCUGCAGCCCAUCUUUGACGACAUGCUGCACAUCCUGAACCCCGACGAGCUGCACGUGAUCGAGGAGAUCCCCGCCGCAGAGGACAAGCUGGACCGCCUCUUUGAGAUCGCGGGAGUCAAGAGCCAGGAGGCCAGCCAGACCCUGCUGGACUCUGUCUACAGCCACCUCCCCGACCUGCUGUAAUGGAGGAAUCAGGGAGGAGGGGAAAGCGGGUGGCCGGAGGGGGCGGGAGUCAAUGACAUUUUUUGUUUUGAUUUUCUCACGCACAAAUUCCCUGCUCACUCAAUCCACAAAGCAAGGGAAGCAAAAGUUGAAUUAAAAGACCUGACAGUGUAAAUUCACGGGUGAUGCUUGGGUUCUUAUAUUCAUUUUUUAUACAUACAUACGUAGAGCGGGUAAGAACUAGACCUUUGUGGUGUUUGAGCCCUUCAUUGUAGCUACAUGCCCCUCCAUGUCCAGGGAAGGAGUUUUCCCGAUAGAUUACCCCAGUUUUACCCGUCCCAGGUCCGGAUACCUCAGUAUUACCCCCUUCAUAACUUCUCCAAUCUCCACCACCCCGGAAGCCAUGAUAGCAUUCGAAGGCAGUUGAUGUAGUUGGGUCAUUUCGCCUCAUGGGUGUUAUUCAGAGUACUGUUGUCAUGCUGAGAGUACUGUUGUCAUACUGAGAGUACUGUUUGUCAUACAUAGGAUUUGUAUGACCCAAGUUGUACCUCAUAUUAACUUUUUUCUUUCCCCAUUUGCCAAU